UCUCUUCCACCUCGCUGUUGUUUCUCUCUUCCGUUCUCUGUCUUACGCGCAACAGAAAUAAUCUUUCAUGGCCGACAACUCAUCUCACAGAUUAGACCUCCGGGUGGGAGGCAAGUACAGGCUCGGGAAGAAGAUCGGCUCGGGAUCGUUCGGCGAUAUCUAUCUCGGCAUCAACAUCAUUUCCGGGGAGGAAGUCGCCAUCAAACUCGAGUCCGUGAAGGCCAAGCAUCCUCAGCUUGAAUACGAGUCCAAGGUCUAUAAGACCCUUGCCGGAGGUGUGGGUGUGCCUUUUGUCCGGUGGUUCGGGACGGAAUGCGACUACAACGCGAUGGUGCUCGACCUAUUGGGGCCCUCGCUUGAGGAUCUCUUCAACUUCUGCAACCGCAAGUUCAGUCUGAAGACCGUCUUGCUCCUCGCGGACCAAUUGAUCUCUCGCAUCGAAUACAUUCACUCUCGUAACUUCAUCCACCGUGACAUCAAGCCCGACAACUUCCUUAUGGGAAUUGGGAAGCGGGGCAACCAGGUCAACGUCAUUGACUUUGGUCUGGCGAAGAAGUUCAGGGACCCGAAGACUCACCUCCACAUCCCUUACAGGGAGAACAAGAACCUGACGGGUACGGCUCGGUACACAUCUAUCAACACUCACUUGGGUGUAGAGCAGUCUCGACGCGACGACCUGGAGUCUCUUGCUUACGUCCUCAUGUACUUCCUCCGUGGAUCGCUUCCCUGGCAGGGCCUCAAGGCUGCUACCAAGAAGCAGAAGUACGACCGUAUCAUGGAGAAGAAGAUGACAACGCCGACUGACCUCUUGUGCCGCGGCUUCCCCAACGAGUUCGGCAUCUUCCUCAACUACACAAGGGCGCUCCGCUUCGAUGACAAGCCUGACUACUCCUACCUUCGCAAGCUCUUCAGGGACCUGUUCGUCCGCGAAGGUUUCCAGUACGACUACGUCUUCGACUGGAGUGUUCAGAGGGGUGCCCAGGAGGAGGGCAGCGCUAGCACUUCACAGAAGGCUGCUGCUGGCAGGAGGAAGGUCGUUCAGGAAGAAGAGGAGCCCCGCGUAAGUGACCGAAUGCUCCGCUCGCACACGCGUCAGCAGCAGCAGGCGGCCAUGCCAGGCGCCGUGGGGCAACAGCGCCGUGGUCGUGAUGAUGCCAACCUCUGGUAGAUGUGUUCUCUUCCUUCCCUUUCCGCGGAGUAGAGCACGUCCGGUUAUGGGCAGUCCUGGUCGUGGUGUGGUCACAGGUUAUGUUGGGGUGUUGUUUGUGUGUCGGUCGCGUUUUCUGGCUGCAAUGGUCCGGAGUGAUCGGAGGUCCCGUCGAGGCGUAUCAAGUGAUCGGUGUGGGUGGACUCAAACGCAGUGAUAGCACGCCCGGUUUUGCCGGAUACGUUGCGCAUCCACGGCAUCCACUCUUUCAAUAGUCACGGCAACCUUCCGAUAUACCGCUCCGGCUCGGCGUCACUGUUGCACACAUACAGCUCGAUUUAAUAUGGCUUGGGCGGACCCAGGAUGACUUGCUCGAAACCGUCUACGCAGACGGUUGCCUCCCAUUUUUUUCCGUACGGACGCCUUUUCUUUUCAGGUUGACCAUCGUUCUUCUGUAGAACACCAUGGACAGCUGCCUUUUCCCUUGUCGUGUAAUGCCCCCACUCGCGCCGUACCCCUGUUGAAUCUUUUCAACCGCGUCUUAUUCAUCUGGCUUCCGUCCUGCCCUGUGUUAUUUCCACAUCUGCAAGCAUCAUCAUCUUCAUACACACGUUCCUUUGUUACUUUUUUACCCAUUCCGUCACCAUUUUGGGCUUAUCAAGCUCUUCGCUGUCCUCCUUUCCUCCACUUCACCUUUUCAUGUUAAGGUUGAAGGCGUGCUGGACAGGAGAGGGCGCCGCGUCUGAUCUCUGCUGCCUUCAGGAUGAAGAUAUGGGACUGCGGCUGAGGGUGCCAAUAGGAGAGAAGAGAUCUGCCGAAGAACACCAGAAGCUAUGUUUCACCAUGUCAAUGUUGGCAAGGCACUCAUGACUUCGUGUCUCUGGAGGGUUGAAGGUGUCGAAGUUAGGGCGGCAGGAGAUUCAGGCGCGUUCAUGUCUAUUUAAUAUGCGACUGGGUUGUUGCUAUACGCCGCCCGUUUCUGUUACGAGUCUGCAAGGAUCGUUGUCUUGCGUAUCAUGUCAUUGCAGCCUUGUAUAUAUGAUAUUUCCAGUACGCAUAGCAAGGAAUCGCAGGUCAUUCGCCUUGCAAUAUAUUGGAUGUAGGAUGAUCG